GUGUUUAGAGGAAACGUGCAGGGCUGUGCUGGACGGGAACUGGACAGCCCCCAUAGGGCACACAACGAGUCAGAGCUUUUGGAGCCGCACCGUGGGUCAGGCCGUGGAGCCGGGCCCCUGCCCUGUGCCUCCGAGCGCCGUCAGCGCGGGCUUGGGGCCGGGCCCCUAGGGCAGAGGCUACUGCAGCAGGCCCGGGGCCGCUGCGGGGACCGGGCAGCCUGCACCCCGCAGCGUGUCCGCGGAGCCGUUCAGUCCCGUCCCCCCGCGGCAGAGCCGCCCCCGGGCCCCGCGCAGGUGACACUCGGCCACCGCCGAGCUUCCUGCUUCCCAGAAGGUGCCGGCGCCGCGGCAACAGGAACUGAGGCUGGGAGGAGGCGGUGCCGCCGCUCCCCGCCGCGCUCACGGCCCGAGCCGGGGGAGCGGAGCAGCCAUGGGCCACCGCCAGCAGCCGCUGUAACCUCCCCCGGGGCCGGCGCGUCCCUCCUUUCCCUACCGGCCGGGCGAGGUGUUUCCCCGCGGGGGCGCGGAGCGGCCGCCCGGGGCCCGAGAUGUGACCAUGGACAGCAGGAUCAAGGAAAAUCCAGAAAGUACAUUUGAUUUGGUACUCAAGGUAAAAUGCCAGGCUUCUGAAAAUGAAGAUCCGGUGGUACUGUGGAAGUUCCCGGAGGACUUCGGAGACCAGGAGGUGCUGCAGAGUGUGCCGAAGUUCUGCUUUCCCUUUGACGUUGAAAGGGUGUCCCAAAAUCAAGUAGGACAGCACUUUACCUUUGUGCUUACAGACAUUGAAAGUAAACAAAAGUUUGGAUUUUGCCGGUUAACAUCAGGAGGCAAAGUCUGCCUCUGUAUUGUAAGUUACCUGCCAUGGUUUGAGGUAUACUACAAGUUGUUAAAUACUCUGGCAGAUUAUUUGGCUAAAGAACAGGAAAAUGACUUGAAUGAUAUGUUAAAAUCACUGUAUAGCCACCCUGUGCCAAAGGCAAACACUCCUGUCAGUUUAAACGUGAAUCAAGAGAUGUUUUUUGCAAGUGAGCAAGUUCUGAAAAAUCAGCCGUACCUAGUAUCGCAUUCGUACUUCAUUACUCCUGAUGUAACUGGAUUGCCAACAAUCCCAGAAAGUAGAAAUCUUACCGAAUAUUUUGUUGCUGUGGAUGUGAACAACAUGAUGCAACUUUAUGCCAGUAUGUUGCAUGAGAGACGAAUCAUUAUUACCUCUAGCAAACUAAGCACUUUAACUGCUUGUGUUCAUGGGUCAGCGGCAUUGUUAUAUCCAAUGUAUUGGCAACACAUAUACAUCCCAGUGCUUCCUCCACACCUUUUGGAUUACUGCUGUGCACCAAUGCCGUAUCUAAUUGGAGUCCACUUAAGCUUAAUAGAGAGAGUAAAAAAUAGAUCACUGGAGGAUGUGGUUAUGCUAAAUGUUGACACAAACACUCUAGAAAACCCAUUUAAUGACCUGAACAACCUACCUAGUGAAGUGGUCUCAGCCUUGAAAAAUAAACUGAAGAAGCAGUCUACAGCUACAGGUGAUGGAGUAGCUAGGGCCUUCCUUAGGACACAGGCAGCAUUGUUUGGAUCCUACAGAGAUGCACUAAGAUACAAACCUGGAGAGCCUAUCACUUUCUGUGAGGACAGUUUUGUGAAGCAUCGUUCAAGUACUACCAAACAGUUCCUGGAAACUGCAGUGAAUCUUCAACUUUUUAAACAGUUUAUUGAUGGUCGACUAUCAAAGCUAAAUGCAGGAAGAGGGUUCUCGGAUGUUUUUGAAGAAGAGAUCACUUCUGGAGGCUUCUGUGGAGGAAAUUCAAGAUCUUAUCAGCAGUGGGUGCAUACAGUAAAGAAAGGAGGUGCACUAAUCAACACAGCGAUGACCAAAGCCAGCCCUGCUGUGAAGACAGCAUACAAAUUUGCAAAAAGUCAUGCAAAGCAGGGAAUAAAAGAAGUGAGGAGUAAGUUAAAACACAAGGAGAGUGAUGAAGAAUAUGGAACUUGUAGCUCUGGUGUACUACAGUGUGCGCCAGUGUACACAUUACACAAUCAGAAAAGAGGAAACUCAGAAAAACGAAGACUUGCUCAGACGCGUUUCAACCAACACCUCGCCAAUGUCAGCAAUCAUGAUUCUGCCCUGGAUGAUGACGAUGAUGAUGAAAUGGACAGAACAAGCAAGUUAUCAUCUGAAGACAGCGAGGAAGCUUCCGCUUAUUUUUAUGAUAGUGACGAUUCUGGUGAAACAGGAGUAAUGUCUUAUCACACAGGAGAAAUGGACUUGCUGGGAGAGAUUUUGGACACGCUGAGCACACACAGUUCAGAUCAAGGAAAGCUCUCAGGAGCAAAGAGCCUGGAUUUCUUUAGAUCAACGGAUGAUAUUGAUUAUAAGGCUAUGAACAAGUCUAGUGCACCUAGUGAGAGCAACCUCGCUCUGCUCUGUAGUGGUACUAAUGACCCAGUGGAGUGGAAUCUUGGUCAGGAUGAUAGUGUUCUCCAUGGGAAACAGCUCCCUCCAUCACCAAGGAAGCAAGUUGAUUUUAGUGACCAUAUGGAAUCUGUCUCUGUGCUGCAGGAAGAAAACAGUGACAAAACCCUUAGUGCUGACCACGUGGAUUUCCCUAAAGAUUUUGUAAAGUCAGCUUCUCCAACACGAUCAGUUGCACAACUUGCUUCUCUGGAAUUUUCCCAAGUAGAAGACACCUUCCAUAGGAAGAUAAAACCGAAUGAAACACUAAGCAAUACCUCAGAGGAUCAGCUCCCUGUGAACCUUUGUCAACAUCCAUCCAUUCUAAUUCCUUGGCAAAAAGACGGGGAUGAAGGAAAGGAAACCCCAGAAGAAAGUGGGCUUCUUCAUGAAGUUGUAUCAUUAUGUAAAGUGACCUCUGCUUUUCACCACAGUUUAAACAUUUCAGAGGAUAAUUACUCCAGUAAUAGCAGUGGAAAUAAAGCAUAAAGGAACUUUGAAACUAUUUCCAUGGGAGGUUAAAGAGAGACUACUCAGGAGUCCAUGUAAUACAUGAUAACCAAAAGAUCCCAAAGGAAUAAUUACUUUUACGUUUUAAAAUCCUUGUGUUUUGAUUAGUACAUGGAUUUAGACAUCUGCUUAUAUGUUUCUCAGUUAAUUUGUUGGCUGUGUUUAAGUCUACAAGAUGGAACUAAAUAUACUAAUGCACUCUUAAAUCAGGUACUAGUUUGUAUGUAUGUGGAAUAUACAACUGGUGCAUGGUGCUUACUAAUGUUCCUUUGUGCAGCAGGAAGUGUAUCAUCUUUGCAUAUAUCCAGAUACUGAAGGUACUGUAUUAAUCCUGUUGGGCAUGAAAUGAACAAAACAGUUUAGAUUUAUCUGAAACUUACAAAUAUCGAUGUUUGUAAUGAGUUAAUUGCCUUAAUCAUUUGGGGGAAAGGUUUAUAUAUCUUAGAAGGUGACUUGCAAACGUUCAGAAGAGUAAUAAUGAUUUUCCAUGGCAGGUAUCUGCUUGAGCAAAGGGGGAAAAGAUCUUUUCUAAACUAAAGGAUCUCUUGUGAAUAAUAGGGAGCUUGUUAUAAACAGAAACUGUGGCCAUGUCUUCUAGACCUUGAAAAGGUGGUGCAUACUUUUUUCUUGUGAAGUGCUGAAUGAUAAUGUGAAGUUACUUAACUUCUGUUUACAACUAAGGCACUUUAAAGACAUAUUAUCCAGUGUCCCAAUGUAGAUGUUUUCAUCUAGGAAUUUUCAGAAAGGAAACUGUAAGUGAAAUUGAUAGAUUUUAUUGCUGUUUUAAAAUUUCUACAAUUUAAUAAUUCUGUACUAACAUUAAUUUGUGCCACUGCUGAACAUGACCAUUUGAUUUUUACAAGCCACCUUUAAAAGAAACAUUAAAUUAUCACUUUGCUUCUUAGGAGUUUUGUUUUGUUGAGCUGUGCAGUAUUUUAAAGAGCAGUGAAUGAAGAUUACUUAUAACACUAGACAUCUAAAGUAAUUGGUUCAGCAAUUAAGAACGCAAAUACCCCACCCUCAUGUAUGCAAGAGAAUCUUUUUGCAAUUACAAGGAAAGGAAUUAAAUGGAUGCUGCAUGUACUAUAUUUAGGCAUAAACAUUUAUCCCCUUUCGAGCACAUAGCAUUCCUAGAGGAUAUUUCAGUAUUUAAAAUUCAAAAAGUAGACUCCUCCCUGAGUAGAGCACAUCUAUUCAUUCUCCUUGUCCACCCCUCUUCUUCCCCUGCCCUCUGUAGAUCAGAAUGAGUACAUUCUGGGGUGAACCACACUAGGCCAAAAAUGGCAACUUUGAAUACUGUCUAUUGGCAUGUGUAACACAAAGCAAGGAGUAACAGGAUUUGUCAUUGCGAGGAGUGCUCUCCCACUCUUCCUCACCAACAGCAGGAAUCUUCUUCUGUGGCAAAGACAGCUUAGUGGUAUCCUCAGCACAGACCAUGGAGAGCAAGUUGAAGUCAGGGGUUGAGGCAGGUUGGGCUGCAGUACUUUGGUAGUGGAUCACUACACAGGUUAACACCAGUUGCCAUGUUUGGGUUUACAAAAGAAGUUUCCUUUUGACUAAAGCGAUUUGGCUUUUCUUUUCCCGUUUUAUCACCACGAGCAUCAGGCAAUUGGUUAUGUCAGGUGGCUCAAGGGAAUUGGUGUGUGAUCCCUUUAGGGAGGUUGUGGGGGGAGGGGUGGCUGUUUGAUGCUCUGCCCCUGAGAUUUAGUGUCUAAUACUAUCUUGUCAUUUCACAUAACUUUGUUGGCAAUAUCCCUGGCGUUGUAAAAGAAGGUCUUGUAUCCCAAACUACAGACUCUGAAUAGGAGAAAAGGAGGGGGGAGGCAGAUUUCAGCCACACCACUGGUGAGGAUGGGCCACAUUACUGGGUAAUGGUAUGAGGCCCCUUCACCAAAGUGCCCCGUUUUACGUGCAAGGGAAAAGGUCAGGUUGUGGACUCACAAUUCAUAAUAUAAUGACCUUGGAAAGUUUUUAUAGGUGUGUUCAGUAUAUAUUUCUGAAGAGGACCUCAGCAGCUUAUUGGUGCUGAGGAUGAUUGUAAGAUUUGCAUCCUGAUCUGCCUUAGGGUUUUCUGUAGUACAUAUCACCAUAGUAUCUGAGAUUCAGGUGGCAUCUUUAUUUGUGUUAUCCCAAAAAGGGGCACUUGGCAAAACUGUGUUUGAGUUACUGAGGACCAAAAUUAUUAUUAACCCAUAAACUAUUAAACAUUUUAGCUGGGUUAUCAGAUAUCAAGAAAUAGGAAGUGUCAGGUCUGAACAGUGUUUAGAUGGGGGAGCUCCAAGGAAAACACAAGAUGUUGCAGGAGGUGGUUCAGGGAGUCAGGAAGUGGCAUGCUGCUUUGUUGGUCCUGAAUCAGUACCCAAGUAGGUUAUGUUGUGCUGUUAGGUGCGUUUAGGAUAAGACAGGAAAAAGAAAAGUCCUACCAAUCUCAUAGCACUUCUUGUUUGAUUGUUACUCUGAUAACACUAGAAACAUGAAAUGCUCAGUUGCAUUCUUAUUUGUGUAACUGCAUUUUGCUAACCUUAAUUCCAUAUACCAGAGGCUGGCAGGGGAACCCGGACCCACUUGUUUUACCACGUUCCAGCUCAGGGACCUUAUAACCAGCAAUCCAGGUCCUCAUUCCCAUUCCCUGUCACUGUUUCCCCAGUCUCCUUCCUACCAAGCUUCUGUAUCUUCUCUUUCCUGGUUCUCGGUUUACCACUGGAGCCUACUCUACUUCCCGUGGCUACUUCACCCCUCCUAGCCUCUUUCCAGACUCCUUACACAGCCUGCUGCUUUCAGCCUCUUGGUUUUUUAGUGCUGGCCCAGCCCUUCCCCAAGCGGGACUUCCCUCUCAGUUACCCUGGCCCUCCUUCUCUCAGGUGAUGUCAAGUGACCUAAUUAGCUUCUCAGGCCCUCAUUAACCCAAUCAGGGCUGGUGUGGUGCGCACACCCUAUCAUAGUAGGUGAAGUGAAUUCUUGGGUAGAACUACGAGGAAUCAGAAUGAGAUAAUGUGAAAAGACAUUAGGAAUCUACUAGGAUAAUAAGCGCUAUGCACAUUUGUAAGAUGUUUAAUAUAUAUUAAAUGCUUUUAUAUCUUAUAGACUUAUCAGUUUCUGUCUCGGAGAAAAAAAUAAGCUUAUCAGAAAUUUUAGUGAUGUUUACUUUUAAAUCUAUAAAAGCAUCUUUCAGGAAUGGAGCAUGAGAUUUAAGAAUGGGGUUUUCAAAAACAUCUAAUGGAUCAGCUUUCACUGACUUGAUACAAGUUGGGCACCUGACUCCCUUAGGCACUUCAGUGGAGGAGAAUUUGGAAGCCAUACCAGGUUGCUAAUGUCCCUUUAAUGAUUAUUAGGAGUAUAGCACUGAAAAAAAUGAUUUGGGAAUUGUACAAGAUUGAUGCCUUGAUGGGUUAUUGUUUUAUAAGUAAUAUUCAUGUAUCUGAUAAGUGAAAUUGCUAAAGUAGAAAGUUAAAAGAUGGCUGGUAAAAUUCAACUUUUUGAAUCAUUUUUUAUUGCAAUAGCCAUGAAUGUGUUAGGAUUGCACACUAAUGUCAAAUCCUUCGCAUAUUGCUGAUGUGAUUCGUAGAAUGUUUACAGUAUUUUGACUAUUGUGUCUUCCUUCUUUUCGAACCCUAAAUACCUUAAAAUAUAGCCUCGUUGUUUAUGUUUGAUUAAUUUAAAUUUAGCCACAUUUUUAGAUCCUUUACCACUUGAUAUCAAAGAUCUUUUUGAAAGGCUAAUAUUGGUGCCUUAUUUAAACAUACAAAAUUACCAAGCAUCUUCCAUAUUAACAACAAAAAAACCAGUUAACCAUGCCAAAUUUAUCAAAUAGAGUAGCAACUCUGAUAUCUCCAGCCAGCGCAGUUCUACUCUGUUCUUCGCGCAGUAUCAGUCUGUCUGUAGGCCACGUCUACAGUAUUUUGAUUGUCACAGACAGUCCCAUGGUAAGAAAAAGUGUCCAAGUCAAGGAUUUUACAAGUUUUCAACUAUUCUCAUCUGUGUGAAUUCUCCCAAUGUAUUCUAAAGCAUCAGCAUUAAUCUCCAUCUACUGGUGAGAGCUGAACUCAGUUCAGUGAAAAAGCUCCUCAGGACUCCAGUAGAGGCACCUGUUUUGUAGCUGAAUCAGUAUCUUUCUGAGCUUCCUAUUUUUCCCCGGUGAGGGAAAUAUGAGAUUUUUUUAUUUAACUUUGCACUCUCUUAUCCAUACUUAGGGACAAAGUCCUGACCUAGUCAGUUACACUGGGACUUGAAUUUCAGGUCUUCCGGUUCAUCUCUAAUAGCUUAUGCACCAUGCCUCCAUGAUGUGAGCCAUAUCCCCAUUCUGCUUAGGAAAAAACAAAGUGAGAGCAUCAGAAGGGAGAGAUGCUCUCCAGGAUUCCCCUCUCUGACUUUUCCCUGUAUUGUUCCAUUGGGGUGAUACAGCUGGGAGCCUCAACCCGUGAGCAGAGGGUUGAGCCCCCAGAACCUGUGGAUCUCAGUGGGUAUUCUGGAGUCCUGGGCCUUGUCUCAUUCUAGCUGUUUUGCAGCAUGACUCCAAUGAAGCCUUUUCAUCAAAUCCCCCACAGGGGGAAGGAUGAUCUGUGGCCCCCAUUAUCGCCUUCCCAUCUCUCCAUGUAUAGAUCCCCAAUAUUGUGAAAAUCCUUUACAGAAGUCCAGGGAUGGACAGAACCAUGGAUGCAGAGCCAGUCACUGCCCUCCCUGUAUGCAUGUGGAGCGAGAUCUGUUCAGGAGAUGAUUGAGAACAGUGUGACAGUCACAGUGCCAUGUUUUGGGGUAGCAUCACUUCCAAAAUAGCCUUGUUUUGAAGGAAGAGUGUAGUUCGAGAAGCUGUGAAAUAACUGUCAUGACUGAAACCUUCAGUCACGUAGCAUUCUGAGAGUGAUAUUGCUGAUUGGCUAAAGGUGGGAUUUUCACAAAGUCUCAGCAUUAGCUAGACUCUGCUUUCAGGGAAGUCACGGGCAUUUUAACAUUGACUUCAAUGGGAGCAGACUUAGACCAACGCUGAGCACUGUUGAAAUCCUACCUAACUAUUAAAUUCUUUAAAGAUUUUAAAAUUUGGGUUUGUGUCUCUUUCAGGCUGUAGAAUGAGUUUUUCCUAACCCCAUGUUAUUAUUAAUUAUAUAUUUCUAGGCAAAGAAAUUUUAAGCCAGUUAAACUGUUUCUAAUUUUGCAUCCACAAUUAAUUGUUGGGUUCAGUUCUACAGAACAAUCAGUUGUGCAACCCUCAAAUCAUAUUGGUAGGUAAAUGUCUAUAAUCUGUGUUAUGUGCAUGUAAUUGAUUGCAGGAGCAAAACUUCAUGCAGGGAAACUAGAUUCUAGGUUGAGGCCCUUUUGAAAAUCUGGCCCUUUGUCUUAUAAAAACUUGCAUUAGUACCCCAUUCAGGAGCAAGGAGCCUACGCAACUGCUGAUCUAUGGAAGCUUUGCCAUCCAUCCUCCCUGUCAAUACUAUUAAAAGGAUAGUGUCUGUUCCAAGGGGUUUACAUGGGGGUUUCUGACUUAGCAGAUGUUUAUUGUCACAUGGGGCACCAUGGGCUGACUGCCCAAAAGGAGUUAGGUGCCUAAGUCUCCAGUUUUGGGAUCACUGCAAUCCCCAGUAUUCCUACUGAAACCCUGUAGGCACCUAAACUCACUCGGCGACUUAAGUUUUUGUAGUAAAAGUUCCCUAGGAGUCCAUGUUUCUGCCUCUGAGCACACACAGUGCUUCUUCCCUGUGGGCAACCAGACACCUAUUUCCUGCGUAAGCCCCAGAAUGAUGUACAAACCAGGAGAAAACAAGCUUUUGGCGUUGAACUUGCCUGAGGGGCCCAAUCCAGUAGGCAUUCUCAAAGACUGCCCACUGAAUCAGGCCCCCAUAGAUGAGUUUUUACAGAACAGCCAGAGGAGGCGGAGGAAGACCUCUCUCGUAACUUUUCGUACAGUGGUUAGGAUACUCCCCUGGGAGGUGGGAAAAGGGGUUGGAACAGGGAUCUGUACCUGUCAGGUGAGUGCUCUAAUCAUGGGCCUGUGAGAUUUUAGGGGGCUAGGGGGUUCAACCAAAACAAUUUGGUGAAGUUACGCAAAUUCAUUAAAUGUUUUGAUGUCACUGAAUCUGCAUUUUUCACCAAAACCAGUUUAGGUUGAAAAAUUUUGCCCAGCUGUAGUUGGGAUGAAAAGUUCAAAGUUAUGAACUAUAUCCCAGGCUUUACUACAUGGGCUCAACGGAAGCUAGUUUUUACAUUACUUAGGUCAGUUUUAUCAGGAUUCAUAUUUAGAGUCCAAUAACAGUAUUAGCCCUGGAACAACAGAAGUGGAAUUCAAGUAAAUUGACAUUUGAUUCUGAUUGUGUAAAAUGCAAUUAUGUUUCUGUUAAAAUAAGGGAGCUACUUGGAUGUGGAGGAACACGUAUUGACUUUCAAAAAAUUACUGGAUUUUGUGCAAUAUUUUUCCUUUUCUCUUUUUAAAGUAAUUUAGUUCCAGCAAAUAUGCACAUCUGCUUUUCAAGCCGAUCCUUGAGAUCAUAUUUUUUGGAACUGUAUAAAAUUACUUGUAGCAUUUAAUAUGGUUGUAUGAUAAAAACAUAAACAGUACACGUUGUCACCAGGCAAAUGUGCAUCUCCAAAUGUGACUGAAAAUGAUUGUGGUUGUCAUGUUAUUGCAUACUAUAGUAAUAAACAUGGUUUCAGCAAUGAUUAAUAUACAAGUACUCAAAAGUAAUAAUCCCUAUAUUCUACUCACAGUAUGUUACAAGAACAUAGUGGGAGUAAUUUCUGUUUAUACAUUUAGAACUUCUGAUGCUUAGUUUAUCUCUUGAUUUUUUUAACAAGUUAAGCGUCUCUUAUUAAUACAAUCAAUUCUAGAUAAUAAUUUAUGGUGGUGACUGUAUGUAUAUCCAGAAUCUAGUUUGUGGCAGCCCUAAUUGUGAUAAAUCAUUGCUUAAAUCAAUUGUUGCAAGUACCUUUUAAUUUUUUGUAAAUUAAAUUAUGUAUUGAUGUACAUUUUGUUGUAACCUUCAAGCUUCUGUCAAGAACUGGUUUAAAUUAAUUUACUUGAAUGGAGCGAUAAAGCACUAUGGAAUAGUUAGUUUUGGAUGCAACACACAAACAAGCAUAUAUUGUGUUAAUUCACCAUUUUGUUCAGAAGAUAAGUAAAAAUGUUUCAUUUGGUCAAGGAAAUAACUGUUUUUUUUAAUCUGUGUCUGAAAGAGAGAAGGAAAGAGCAUCAGCAUUGAACAGAGAGUAAUAACCUAUCCUGGCAUUAUUCCAGAACUUUUUUUUCAGAGCUUUUUUUAGCCAUCUUUGGGAAAAGUUUUUAUAAAGCUCUUAUGGGCCAGUAGGGACAUCUUUAAUUACCUACAGGAAAGACAUGAAGUACAGGAUGUUUUGAGAUGUAAUGCUUUUAUUGAUCCUUUCAAUAAUCACAGAGGUUUUUAAAUAAAUUAACACUGUGUUCUAACAUGUUUAUAAAUAGGAUCAGUCACUGGCUUUUAUUAAAACUGCCACCAAAUUUAGGACUUUACUCUGUGCUGUUGCACACUUUAGCCUACAGUAUGAAGUCAUCUCCAGAAUUACAGACCAGACCUUAGACUACUACCAGUAGCACACUGUGUAUGUACUAUAAAUUGUGUUUUUUCCAAGUUACAGUGUCAGUGCAAAGUUUUUUGUGAACUCCACAUUACCAUGAAGUGCCCCACAUUGUGUUAUAAAAUAAAAUUUACCAAAAUCAAAGCCAUUGUGGUGUGCAGGUU